AUGCCCUGCCUCCACCAGCUUUGCUUGGGCUGUGCGCUGCGGUGGGCCAAGGAGAAGCCGAGUUGCCCCCUGUACGGGGGCAGGCUCCAGUCCAUCAAGUACUCGGUGCGGUCGGCUGACGACUACCUGGAGUGUCCCGUCCAAGAGCCCGCAGAGCAGCUGGGGGACGGCCGGCAGGACAAGCAGGGGGCUGCGGGGCCGGUGCUCAGGGCUCCUGAGCGCAGCUUCCCGCCCCAGCUCUGGGCAGCCUUCUUCCGGGAGCAGCUGGCUGAUGCCAGGCCCCUGCUGGCGUGGCUGCAAGAGGAGCUGCGGAGGAUCUACGGCAGCCAGUGGUGGGACGUGGCUGUGGUGCAGGGAAUCGUCCUCGCCUCCCUGUGCAUCUUCGGGCUGGACCAGCAGGCCCUGGUGCGGCAGCUGCAGCCUUCCCUCCACAGCCACACGGUGCCCUUCGUGGCAUGGCUUGUCACCGUCACUGCAGAGCUGUACAGAACCGAGGUGCGCCGGCAGCGAGACCGCCGGGAUGUCUGUGCUGCCAGGGGGCAGGACAGCCCCGCAGUCACCCCCGGCCAGGCCGGCUCUCCCUGGGGGAUGACUGCCACCCGCCCAGGCCGCUGUGCCAGCACCAUGGGCCCCAACGCCGAGGAGCUCCUGGGCAUCCGUCUCAGGGGCAGCGGGGAGCUGCGGCUGGUGGAUGGCGGCGGGCGCUGCGCCGGCCGGGUGGAGGUGAAGCACGAGGGCGAGUGGGGCUCCGUCUGCAGCUACGACUUCGACUGGGACCACCGGGGCGCUGGCGUGGUGAGGUGGGGUGGUGGUGCUGGGGAUGCCGUCCCGGGACCCCCCUGGACAAAGCUGAGGUUGGUGCCCGGUACAGAGGCGCUGGAGUUGCGACUGGUGGCUGGCAGGGGACCCUGUGAGGGAAGAGUGGAGGUGAAGCUGCGUGGACACUGGGGCACGGUGGCAGAUGAUGCCUGGGAUAUGGAGGACGCCGAGGUGGUGUGCCAGCAGAUGGGCUGCGGCUCGGCUGUUGGUGCCUACCCCAGCUCCCUCUUUGGCCAAGCUGAUGGUCCUCUCAGCUUUGCUGUUGUCGACUGUAACGGCAAUGAGAAGGCCUUAUGGAGCUGUAACAUUGUGGGCUGGGGACCCUAUAAGAGCCCACAUAAGUAUGACACUGCUGUGGUCUGCCAAGGGUUCUCCCGUCUGGCUGGAGGGGACGGCGCCUGCUCGGGGCGGCUGGAGGUGCGGCAGGGCCGGGCCUGGGCCACCGUCUGCCACGGCCACGUGGACCUCAAGGCCGCCCAGGUGGUCUGCAGGGAGCUGGGCUGCGGCACGGCAGUGGCCGUCCCCGGUGCCGGCCAUUUUGGGGCAGCAACGGGGCCGCUCUGGGACGGCGCCUUUGAGUGCAACGGCAGCGAGCCACUCCUCGCCAACUGCGCCCGGAGGCCAACCCACGGCCAGUCCUGUGCUGGCCCCGCUUCUAUCGUCUGCUCACCCUACACCGGUUUCCGUUUGGCGGAUGGCGGCUCGGGCUGCGCCGGGCGGGUGGAGGUGGAGGCGCAGGGGACAUGGGGACCCCUGUGUGCCACCGCCUGGGACCUGCCCGACGCCCAUGUCCUGUGCCGCCACCUGGGCUGCGGCCCUGCCACCUCCCUGCCCCCAGGAGGCCAUUUCGGGACGGGCACGGCGACAGGGCCGCUGCGGCGCGAUGCCCUGAGCUGUAGCGGGAGCGAGCGGCACCCGGGCGAGUGCCCCGUGGCGGUACUGGGGGAGCCCGCCUGCCCCCCUGGCCAUGCCGCCGCCGUCAACUGCUCAGGUGCCGCUGAGCCCCUGCGGCUGCUGGACGGGGAGAGCCGGUGCGACGGGCGGCUGGAGGUGGCCACUAGCCCCGGGGACUGGGCCCGUGUGACUGCGGGGCCGUGGGACGACCGAGCUGCCUCCGUGGCUUGCCGGCAGCUGGGCUGCGGUGUGCCAGAGAAGGUCUACGCUGUGCCGGCCGCCAGCUUGGGCCCUGUGGAGCUGCAGGAGCUGCGGUGUGCUGGCACCGAGGAGCGCCUGGCGCAGUGCAACGCCUCGGGGCCUGCCGCAGCGCCCAGCCACAGCCCCACAGAGGCGGCCGUUGCCUGCUCAGGCAGCCGGCGGCUGAAGCUGGCGGGCGGCCCCGGGCGCUGCGCCGGCAGGGUGGAGGUGUACACCGAGGGCGCCUGGGGCACCGUCUGCCAGGACGCCUGGGACCUGCCAGAUGCCGACGUCGUGUGCCGCCAGCUGGGGUGCGGACGGGCCCUGGAGGCGCCCGGCUCUGAGCGCUUCGGGCCCGGCGUGGGGACGUUGUGGCCGGGUGCCGGGGGCUGCUCGGGGACGGAGGCGGCUGUCUGGGACUGCCCAGCCCCAGCACGGCGUGGCUGCCGCCGGGGCGGUGGUGCCGGUGCCGUGUGCUCAGGGCUGCUGCGUCUGGCGGGGGGCAGCAGCAGCUGCAGCGGGCACCUGGAGGUGCUGCGCGAGGGGACGUGGGGCCGCGUGUGCGCCAACGACACCAGCCCCGCCACAGCUGCCGUUGUCUGCCGCCAGCUGGGCUGUGGCACCGGGGGGAGGCUGGAGGCCGUCCCCGCACAGGGCUCUGUCCCCGCCUGGCUAGGCUGGGUGCAAUGCCAGGAGGGGGCCCCCUCGCUCUGGCGCUGCCCCUCGGCGCCCUGGCACCUGCAGUCCUGCGGUCCUGCCGGGAUCACCCACAUUGCCUGUGACGAGGACACCGAGGGCACGAGCGGGGCCACCACAACUGCAGGUGUCACCAGCAGCGUUGCCCCACUGACAGCAGUGUCGGGGAGCGUGCCGGUGCCCACGGUCCUGUGCGUGCUCCUGGGGACGUUGCUGGGCCUGGCCCUGGCAGCCCUGGCUGUGCAGGCACACCGCGCACGGGUGCGACGCCGAGACCCCGUCAAAGCCACGGACGCCGGCUCUGAGGCCGUGUAUGAGGAGCUGGAUUACAGCCUGAUGCCCGAGUACCAGGAGGUGCCCAGCCGCACAGGCUCCCUAUCCAAGGGCUCAGGCAUGAAUCCGAUGAUAAACAGCAGGGAUGGCAAUGAGGAGGACAGCGACACCGGGGCGGUUCCAGCCCCCCCAGCCCAGCCUGGGCACGGCCCCCCGGAUGGCUACGACGAUGCUGCAGCCGUGCCGGAGGAGCCCCCUGCUCCCCACAGCGGGGACGCCCCCGAGCAGCCCCACGGGAACACGGGCUAUGACGACGUUGACAUCAGCACCCUGGGGACAGCACCGUGAGGAGACCCUGGGGACAUGGCUGCAAGAGGGGGCUCUGGCCCCAGGGAGGGGUGGCCGUGCCCAUGGGGGGGCACCCGUCCCUGCCCAGCCCUCAGCACGCUGCAGAAAUGGCUCCAUCAG